CAAAAAGUCUCUCCAUCUGAUCCUUUGGAAGAGUUCUAAAGGCACACGUCCCAGAGGCAGGCGGAGGCCCGGCGGCUCUGUUGUCGCCAUUGUGCACCAAAGAGCCAAUCAGACACUCGGCGUGUGCCGCAACCGUAUAAAAGGCUGCCGCGUGUUUGAGAGAAGCAAAAAAAAAAAAAAAAACUGUCUUGGAAACAAGCAGACCAAAAUGCAGUCUCCUGGAAAAUCUCUGAAGGAAGCUCUGCUCUGUGCUCAGAGCGAAGCUCGACUCACCGUUGGAGUCUAUGAAAGUGCCAAAAUAAUGACCGACGACCCGGACAGCGUGUCCUUCUGCGUGCUGGCCGUGGACGAGGGUUUCGAGUGCGACGUGGCUCUGCAGAUCCACUUCACCCUCAUCCAGUCCUUCUGCUUCGACAACGACAUCAGCAUCGUCCGAGUGAGCGACUCGCGGCGUCUGGCCGAGAUCGUCGCCGACGAGCCGCAGCGGCUGGAAGACGCUCACUGCGUCCUCAUCACGAACCCGGCGGACGGGGCUUGGGAGGACCCCUCUCUGGAGAAGCUGCACCUGUUCUGCGAGGAGAGCCGGCGUGUGAACGACUGGGUCCCCGAGGUCAGCCUGCCCGGACGCUGACGCUGGCCCGGGCUCCGUUCUGCGAAGCUUCCCACCCAUGGCGGAAACGCUCAUCCCGACGCACCGGAUGAGCUUCGUCCAGGCUCAUCCCCGGAUACUCCUGAGGAGGAUUCCCAAUCCGGGGCGGCGCGGCGCCGGCCCCCAGGGGCCCCCCCCCGCGCGACCGUCGCCUCUCGUCCCGUGCAUGCCGAGAUGACUCUCAUUCUUUGUGCGAAUGAGGUCGGGGUAUGCCUCGAGAGCGACGCAUCGACCCUCAUUCUUUGUGCGGAUGAGGUUUGGAGAGGAAGGAGAAGCGGCGCGUCUGUGCGUGCGUGCGUGCAUGCGUGCCGCACUUUCGCGUCGCUCGUCCGAGCACGCGCAGCAGGAGAAGAAGCGGUGCUGAAGGAAGAGGACUCGUUAAAAAGGGACUUUUUAACCAAGGCCUCUUGGCUGAGCAACAGUCGGCCAAAAUGUUCCCACUUUCCAGAAUGGUCUUAAUUCUCUAAAGGUUUCACUUUAGAAGUUUAACGAUGACAAAAAAAAGAUAAAUAUUGGAGAAAAAAAAAACAUGGCUGUUCCCUA